UCCCAUCCACAGCCGCGUCUUGCUGCGCCUCCGCCAGGUGCGCCCUCCUCGCCGGCCGACCCAGCGCGCGCUACACUCCCAGCCCACAUGUGCGCUUCCAGGAUGCCGCCCUUGGCGCACAUCUUCCGGGGGACAUUUGUCCACUCCACCUGGACCAAUCCCAUGGAGGUGCUGCGAGAUCACCUCCUCGGAGUGAGCGACAGUGGCAAAAUAGUGUUUUUAGAAGAUGCCUCCCACCAAGAAAAACUGGCCAAAGAAUGGUGCUUCAAACCGUGUGAAGUAAGAGAGCUGAGCCAUCAUGAAUUCUUCAUACCGGGGCUGGUUGAUACACAUAUCCACGCUCCUCAGUAUUCGUUUGCUGGAAGUAAUGUCGACCUGCCCCUUUUGGAGUGGCUAACCAACUAUACGUUUCCUACAGAACAGAAAUUUAAGAGCAUGGACUUUGCUGAAGAAGUAUACACUAGAGUUGUGAGGAGGACGUUAAAGAAUGGAACAACCACGGCCUGCUACUUUGGAACAAUUCACACUGACUCAUCCCUGCUCCUCGCGGAAAUUACAGAUAAAUUUGGGCAACGAGCUUUUGUGGGCAAAGUGUGCAUGGAUUUGAACAAUUCUGUACCAGAAUACAAGGAAACCACCGAGGAAUCAGUCAAGGAAACUGAAAGAUUUGUGUCAGAAAUGCUUCAAAGGAACUACUUGAGGGUGAAGCCCAUCGUGACACCACGUUUUUCCCUUUCCUGCUCUGAGGCUUUGAUGGGGGAACUGGGCAACAUCGCCAAGACCAACAAUUUACACAUUCAGAGUCAUAUAAGUGAAAAUCCUGAUGAAAUUGAAGCUGUGAAAAGUUUAUACCCUGCUUAUAAGAACUAUACCGAGGUGUAUGAUAAAAACAAUCUUCUGACAAAUAAGACAGUGAUGGCGCACGGCUGCUAUCUUUCUGGAGAAGAACUUGACGUGUUCAGUGAACGAGGAGCCUCCAUCGCACAUUGUCCUAAUUCUAACUUAUCGCUGUGCAGUGGCUUUUUAAAUGUGGUGGAGGUGCAGAAACACAACGUGAAGAUAGGACUGGGCACAGAUGUUGCCGGUGGUUAUUCAUCUUCCAUGCUUGAUGCAAUCAGAAGAGCCGUGAUGAUGUCCAAUAUCCUUUUCAUUAGCAAGGUAAAUGAGAAAAGCCUCACCCUGAAAGAAGUGUUCAGACUCGCCACUCUCGGAGGAAGCCAAGCCCUGGGGCUGGAUAGUGAGAUUGGAAACUUUGAAGUGGGUAAGGAAUUUGAUGCGCUCCUGAUCAACCCCAAAGCAUCGGACUCUCCCAUUGACCUGUUUUAUGGUGAUUUUACUGGUGAUAUUUCAGAGGCUGUUAUGCAGAAGUUCAUCUAUCUAGGAGAUGACCGUAAUAUCGAGGAGGUUUAUGUGGGCGGAAAACAAGUGGUUCCAUUCUCCAGCUCCGUGUAAGACCCUCAGGCUUUUGCAAGCAUUUCUCCUGGAAUGAUAACAGUUUUGCGUCUCCCAUCUGCCCAGGCUGAGUUAGAAAGUGAAAAAAUAGUACCUUGUUCUUGGGAUGACUGUAUUUCUGUGUCUAGUUACAGUAUGCGCUUGACAAAUCCUUCGAAGGAAGUUGCACUAA